AACCAAAGCAGUUUUUUUAAUGACCAAAGUACAAGAUGCAUCUGACUUCCAAUUACCUUAACCUUUGAUAUCCCAUAAAAACGCACCACAUAAACAAGGGAUUUUGCAGGGAGACACUAAGGAAAGUCUGCGUAUCAACAAAAACCAUGAAGUUUGAAGAUCUAAUUACGGAGAUCAAUGGCUUCGGCAGGUUCCAGAAGAUGAUUCUUUGCAUCAGUUUUGUAGGACGAUUCACUAUACCGUGUCACUUUUUACUGAGCAACUUUAUCGCUGCUAUCCCAUCUCAUCACUGUGAUAUCAGCGCUCUGGAUGCUGAAGGAAUCUUGGGGAAUCUGAGUCAGGAGCAGAAACUGACUGUCAGUAUUCCAGUUCAAGAUGAUGGGACUCCUGCUUCUUGUCAAAUGUUCAGUUAUCCUCAGUUACAUUUGUUGACAAACUCCUCCAGCAGGACAGAUCUUCCAGUAGUCCAGUGCCAGAAUGGAUGGGAGUAUGACAACAGCACGUUCAUCAGCACUUUAGCCACACAGUGGGAUCUGGUAUGUGAUAACAAAGGUCUGAAUAAAGCUGUGGCCACCAUCUUCUUUGUUGGAGUGAUGUUUGGAGCAGCUUUCUUUGGAGGCAUGAGUGACAGAUUUGGCCGUAAGCCAAUGCUGCUGGUGUCCUAUAUAUCAGGAAUGGCUUUUGCAUUGGCCAGCAUCUUUUCUUCCUCUUUCAUCAUGUUUGCAGUGCUGAGAUUCUUUAGUGGAUUCACCAUCACCGGCAUCGUUAUCGUCUCAACCGUACUCAAUGUGGAGUGGGUGGACAUUCAGCAUAGGAGGCUUGUAUGUAUAACUGACAGUAUGGCAUGGGCUGUUGGAGCCACCUCACUGGCUCUUAUUGCGUUCUGUAUCAGAGACUGGAGAUGGCUGACAGUGGCCGUCACGUCACCUUUACUGUUGUGCACAAUCCUCUGGUGGUGGGUUCCAGAGUCAGCUCGGUGGCUGAUAGCCAAUGGGAGGGGGGAAAAAGCUCAUUAUUAUCUUCAUAAAUGUGCUGUUAUGAACCGCAAGGAGGAAGUUAUCUCAAGAAUCAAACCUGAGGCUCUCUCUAUAAUAGUUACAGAUGAGGGAAAGAGAAAUUAUUCGUACCUGGACCUUGUCAGAACCCCUAAGAUGAGGAGAUUGGCUCUGCUCACAGGAACCAUAUGGUUUUGUGUUGCCACUGUGACCUAUGGUAUAAGUCUUAACGUCACAGGCUUUGGACUAAAUAUAUACCUCACUCAGUUUGUGUAUGGAGCCAUUGAGGUUCCUUCUAAACUGAUGGUAUAUUACCUGCUGGAGAAGAUUGGCAGACGUAAAACUGAAGCAGGAUCUCAUCUGUUGGCUGGAAUCAGCCUCAUGAUUAACAUAUUCAUACCCAAAGAUCAGUGGGUUGGUCGUACUGUGGUGGCAAUACUGGGUAAAGGUUUUGCAGUUGCUGCUUUUUCUACAAUUGUAUUAUACAGCUCGGAGCUUUACCCCACUGUCCUCAGGCAAAAUGGGAUGGGCUAUAACUCUUUCCUGGCUCGUCUGGGUGUGUCUGUGGCUCCUCUAGUCCUGCUACUGGAUAGUUUCUGGGGACACUUCUCUCAGACCAUACUGUGUUCUGUGGCACUCAUUGCUUCUGUGGUGGCCUGGCAGUUACCCGAGACACGAGACAGGUGUCUACCUGAGACUAUAGAAGAUAUCGAGGGUACUGGGUAAGUCAUAACCUAUAGUAUUUUGUCAAGGCAACUACAGAAGACUUGUAUUUAGACACUGCUAAACACUUGAACAAUUCUGUUGAGUCAAGGAUGUAAUACUGUAACCAAAACAGAUGUGUGUUCAUUAACCAAAUCAUUUUUCAAUCAUAUUGAAUAGGAAAAAUCCCAAAAGAUCAUGACAAGCAGGUGGACGAGGAGAAAAUGAGAAUGAAUAAACACACUGAGGACUACUGAGAUUGUGUGUACAUUCAAUCCUAAAUGGUUUAGUGUCAUGUUCACAUCCCAGGACAGUAAAUGCGCACAAAAAAAAUUGAAAGAACAAGUUCUUUUAAAAUACGUUUUAUUAGUUACACAAGGAUUUACAACUUUCUCCAGUGCCAUGUAAUAAUUACAGAUAUUUUCUAAGAGUAAGUUUGAGUGAAUAAAUGGAAAUUGAGUCUGUGUUUGUGAAAGAGAAAAACAGAAAAAUGAGAAAGAGCCUAUGUAUGUGUGCCUGUUUGUCUUUUUCUUUCUUUUUUUUUUUUUUUUUAAGAUGCCAGUGGC